AUGGUGAUGUGUCUUGCAGUCACUGAAGAACUUCUUAGACAACGUGCAGAGCAUAACAACUGUGAACUUUUUUCCCUGGAAGAAAUCUCCUUGCACCAGCAGGAAAUAGAAAAACUAGAAUACAUUGACAAAUUGUGUCGAGAUUUAAAAAUCCUCUAUCUUCAAAAUAACCUAAUUCCAAAAAUUGAAAAUGUAAGCAAACUAAAGAAGCUUGAAUAUUUAAAUUUAGCUUUGAACAACAUUGAAAGAAUUGAAAAUUUGGAAGGAUGUGAAGAACUGCAGAAACUUGACCUAACAGCAAAUUUCAUUGGAGAACUGUCCAGUAUUGAAAUCCUAAAACACAACAUACAUCUUAAAGAACUCUUUCUGGUGGGGAAUCCAUGCACUGAGUUUGAAGGUUACAGACAGUUUGUGGUGGCAACUCUUCAUCAAUUAAAAUGUUUGGAUAGUAAAGAAAUAGAACGUUCUGAGAGGAUUCAGGCAUUGCAGAACUAUCGACAAGUAGAGAAGCAAAUUAGAGACCAGGAACAGGCUUACCUUCUCAAAAGGGCCAGAGAAAAAGAAGAGGCCCUAAAAAAAAUACAAGAAAAGCAGGAGAAGAAAAAAGAAAAACAAAUAAAGCCUAAACCUGGAUUUGACAGACGUUGGUACACAGACAUCAACAACAUCAACCCAGAUCCCCUACAAGACAAAGAAAACCACCAGCAGAAGGAAACAGAAAAGGAAUACCAAGAAUGGGAAAUCGAUAAAGAUGAUGAAGAGGACAGAGCUUUUUGGGAGGAGCCCACACCUUAUACUCCAGAGUCUAGAUUAGAAGCUCACAGAUAUCUUGAAGAAAAACGCAGAGUUAAAGAAAAUAUAAGAGGGCAGAAAAUGAAAGAGAAGCCACCUAGGACUUCGAUCACCGCAGAAGGAAAAGUUCUGAAUAUGAAUGAGCCAAAGCUUCAUUUCUUUUUGAAAGAUGAUGAGGAAAACAACCAGUUCAUCCUGGAUCUUGCUGUUUAUAGACAUCUGGACAGCUCUCUAAUUGAUGUUGAUGUCCAGCCAACUUACCUCCGUGUAAUGGUGAAGGAUAAGCCAUUUCAACUUGUGCUUCCUGCAGAGGUGAAGCCAGAUAGCAGCUCUGCUAAAAGAUCUCAGACAACUGGACAUUUAGUUAUCAGCAUGCCAAAGGUUCAAGAAAUAAUUAGGGCUAACCGAAAAACACCCACUUUGGUCGAACCUUCUGACAGCAACAAACUGCAGACAAAUAUAAAACGGGAGCGAGUUGAGAAACUAGAAGCGGAUCCUAGCAAAUAUUCAUUCCCUGAUGUGGCAAACAUAAUCCAAGAAAAGGAGCGAACUGGGAAAGGACCUAUUAAUUUGCAGCAACAAAAGGUUAUAGAUACUGAGAAUAGUUAUGUUGACUUCGAAGAUAACCAAGAUGUUCCACCCUUAAGAUGAAAUGUUACUAUAGGGCUCCAUUGUUUGUUACUCAUGUGACCCAGAGUUUGCCUGAGCAUUUUUCUUGACUCAAAUUUUGCAGCAGCAUCUUCUGAAGUUACAAAAUAUUAUUUCAGUUCUUACUGUAAACUGACUUUUGUUAUACUUGUGCUUUAUCUUGCUGCUGCCUUUUGUUAUAUCAGGAACAAUAUGCCUCUAUUAAACUGUUUUCCAAUUAUUUAUA